UGUCAGAAUAUAAGGGGCCAUUCCUCGAGGACCGUUUCAGAACCAAGGGCAACAACGGAUUUUCAUCCUCAAAUCCAAUCUGUCCAGUUCUGCAUUUUGCGUCUCAGCAGUGAAGCACAUGGACGUUUACGUGGUGUUGUUGGGGGCAGUGCUCCUGCCCGACUUGGCAUUAAGCUUUAAGGGUGGCUGUCUGACUGGGAGGGGCCAAAAAAGUUUCCCUAGUCAAGAGACAGCAAUGAAAGAAUGUCAUUUGUACUCUGAUGCAUCCUGCUGCUUUGCUAACUUCACUGAAGAGCUUGUCUCCCCUGUGACAAAAGUGGAAAACACCAAAUGGGAUGUCUGUCAGCAGCUUAGUGACAGGUGUGAGACAUACAUGAAACGAGUUGAGUGCUUCUACCAGUGCUCUCCACAGGCAGCUCACUGGAUGAACCCCAGCUACACUGCUGGCUUCUUGAAUGUCCCAAUCUGUGUCAACUUCUGUGACAGUUGGUACGAUGCAUGUAAAGAUGACCUAACCUGUGCUAAAAACUGGCUCACUGACUUCAAAUGGGACAAUGACGGCAACCACUGUCAACACGAUUGUGUCCCAUAUAGCAAAAUGUACACCGAUGGGACAGACAUGUGCCAGUCCAUGUGGGGUCCUUCCUUUUCGCCAAGCUCCUCAGAGGGCCGCUGUUUGCGGAUGGAUGACCAAGACGACACGGUCCUGUCCCACAUCCUGUGCCCGAGUUCCAGUUCCAAGAGCGCUGCAUCCGUCCAGGAGGAGCCCUGCCAUCAGUCAUCGCUGAUUUUGGAUGAGAUUUCCCCUGAUCAGGAGAUCUGGGAUAGCCUGCUUGUCUCUAGCCUCUUUGCUAUUGUUAGCAAGCUAGCUAAAUGGACUGAGUAUGUAGCGUACUUGGCUGGCUAGCUGUGUACCACAUGGUCUAGCACAUCAAGCUACCUCAGACACAAACAAACAACCACACUGAAAAACACUACGUGAUUUCCAUAGCUGCCAUUACAGCCCUGGUGAUUUCCCCUUCACACAUCCCCACUGGUGCUAUCUUCAGCUCACACAUGGCAAGGUACAUGUAAGACUUUAUAAAGAUUUACAGAAUAGGAUCUCAUCAUUAUUCUCAUCAUCUUCAUUGUCAACUUUUCCUUCUCUGCCUAUUCGUCAUAUUUAUUUGGCUAUACUAUCAGAGAAUGUGUCAUAUGUAAAAUAAAAUGAUUUUGUCUUUGAUCAUUUA